GCGUCGGUUCCAAGCCAUCUCGCACGGGAACGCUCGCCACCCAGCGCCCUGGCCUCUCUCACCUUCCGCGAACGGGCGGCCGCUCCUUCCUGCCUCCUAUUGGCACGGGUUCUCCAGUGUCUGCUAGCCAUCACCCCGGUGGGAUAAGUGUGCUUGCAUCAAAGAAACGCGUAGAACGUCCUCUCUUAUCCAUCAUGCCUCCAUCCCCACUCAAAAAGGACCAUCUUCUGAACUCCGUCAACAGAGGAGUCAUAAAAACGCCAGGGUCGCCGCCACGCGCGACAGAGGACGGGGAACAGCUGGAUAAGUUGUUCAGAGAAGGCAUCGAAACCUUAUCUCGAUGCUAUGAGCGGAAAAGCAACGAGCAUUCGCAGUUGGAGGAAGUUGUAUCGUCGCAGAGGAAUCAGAUAUUAUCGCUAGAAGCGACCAUCGGCGACCUAACCCGCGAAGUCACGCAGCUGAAAUCAGAAAAGAAAGCGCUAGGCCAGUCGCAUAACGCGUUAAUUGGGAGAUAUGCGGCGCUGAGGAAGAGUGUUUCGCAGUUGGAGUCGUUCCGGCAGUCCAUUGCUAUUAUGGUCGAGAGUGCCCCAAGGGCAGACGAAGGGCCGGAUUUACUGGAGGAUAGAGUGAGCGAUGACCGGCGGUUAUCUGAGGCUAUAAAUGGACUAGAUGAUACGGGAUCGGUGUGUGGGCUAGAUGACACUUUACGGGCGAACGACUUGUCGCUGUUUGAGCAAUCGUCCAUAUUCAAACCAGCGGACGUCAGCGGGAACCACGAGUCCUCUGCCGCGAGUCUGGCAAAGGUACGCAUCGAACAUCCCGCUUCACGUGAAAGCGCAACGUCUACCCUCUCCUCACAAACAUCACAUCUCCUCAAAAGUUAACAUCGGAAGAAAACCCCACAUUCACCCCACAAAGGAGCUUUUCCAAAUCAAUCACCACAAAACCCCAAACCCCAUCCUUCACCAACCCCAGCUCUCGCCGCGUCUCGGGGCCAGACCCCUCAGCGCGGGAUGUCAAAAACGCACCCUCCUACCGAGCGCACCCACCCCCAGACCAGCUCACCAAACUCACCAACACAACCCCUCGAACAACAACAACCCUCCUCCCCAACGGCUCUCCCCAACCGCGCCUUCAGAAUCCAAACGCAACCACAAACACAAUCGACGCCCCCCACCUCUACCGCUCCAUCCGCAACAGCCUAACCCCCCCGGAUUUUGAAAAAUUUGCCUUCAACGUCGCGCAAUUCAACGCCGGCAAACAGACGCCGGAGGUGACGGUUCGGAAUAUAACGGGCAUUGUGAAGGAUGAGGGGUUGGUGGAGCAGAUGACGAGGUUGAUUUGGACGGCGUUGGAUGAGAGUGGGG